CCCCAUGUUCUUCUGUAUCUGAAAUAUCAGCAGGUUCAGGGUAAAGUCCAGCAGUACUUACUUCACAUUGUUUCACCAAAAUACCUUACCAAACUCAAGGCUGUGAGAAGAGACAACAAGAGACUGUCAGACAUGGACACCACAUCUUCAUUUAUCAAAUCUGUAACCAAGCGAGUGUGGUCUCCACCACAGCGUCCCUUCAGAGUAUGUUGUCACAACAGGGAGACCAAGAAGGGCAUCACAGCCGGGACUCUGGAGGAGCUGAAAGAGAGGGUAUGCCAGGCUUUGCUGCUGUCCCUGUCUGCAAUGUCUCUGUCCCUGGUUUGUGAGGAGGACGGUACAGAGGUAGACUCAGAUGAGUUCCUCGUGACCUUGCCAGACAACACUAUGCUCAUGGCCCUCGAGCCUGGACAGACAUGGAGAGCACUUACGGGAUCAGCUGUGAUCAAAUCUCAAAACCACAACAAGCCUCGGACCGGGAAAGACAUAGCUCGUGUCACCUUUGACCUGUACAGGAUGAGCUCAAAGGAUCUUUUUGGCUCCUUGAGUGUGAAGGCCACAUUUCAAGGCCUUUACUCUGUGAGCGCUGACUUUCAGUGUCUGGGGCCCAAGAAAGUCCUCAGAGAAGCCCUGCGUUUAGCUUCCACCCUCCUACAAGCUGCCGGACACCUGCUCAUCACCUCCGCCUCCAUGAUCCGCCGAAUUAUCGAAGGCACUGAGCUCCUGCAGCCACAGAGGGUAGAUAACAGGUGGAACUAACGGAGCCAGGAGAGACCAACUUAGCUCUAACAUAAGAGUAACUAACAUGUCAUUGGGUAGUGAUUGUAUUGUUGAUGAUUGUUCUGCUGUUUACCUCUUGAAAUGGGGAGAAAGAAUAUGUUUUUGACAGGAACAUCUGUUAAAGUAGUGCCUGUAAAUGUUAACAGUGAUAGUGUUAGACAGGAUGAAUGUGUGACUGUGUACCAUACUCUUCUACCCAUAAUUAUUGAGAGUAUACUUCAGGUUAUGAACAAAAUGUAACAAGCAAAAAAUAGAAUGUCAUAGAUAUUAAAAUAGUUUUUCUGUUUUUUUUUGCAAUAUAUUCCACGUAAUAUUCCUGAAGUCACUCGAUUUUUGUUAAUUUGGUGUGGAUUAUGAGUGGUAAGGGGAACUUGUGUUUCUAUCUGCUUGUUUCAGGUGGUAACAAACCACUGAAAUCAUGUGGCUGUUAUUUUGACGACACUGUCUUUUAGAAAAAUGACAAAAGUCGUCAUUCAUUUUGUAGUUUAUGAAUAUUUUAAUGUAACAAAACAUAAGAAGAGCUGUGUUGAACAACAAGUGUUUUACUUGGAUGACAAUAAAAAUGUCCGAAGCACAAGCUCUUGGGGCAUUUGGACUGCUAAUGAGUGUCCUCUGGAAAGACCAUGCUCACAUGUUAACAAACAUGCACAAGUCAUUGCAAUAACAGCAUAGCAACAAAACAUUCCAUAUGAAAAAGGAGGCAAAUUCACAAGAAUGUGCCUUUGCCAGGAAACCUUUUAUCAAACAUC